AAACACGUCUUCAAUUCGGGAGCGGAGCCGUGCGGGCCUUAUUAACACACUGUUGCAUUAAAUGUCACCGCAUUUAGAAAACAUACACACACCAUGAGAGCCGUUCCCACAUGGAUCGAUAAAGUACACGACCGAGACAAAGUGGAACAGUGUAUUUAUGACUUGGCCUUCAAGCCAGAUGGGAGUCAGCUGAUCGUGGCCGCAGGAAACCGAGUUCUGGUGUAUGACACGUCUGAUGGAACUCUGAUACAGCCCCUGAAAGGACACAAGGAUAUAGUGUACUGUGUGGCUUAUGCAAAAGAUGGGAAGCGAUUUGCCUCAGGGUCAGCAGACAAGAGCAUCGUAAUCUGGACAUCCAAACUUGAGGGUAUUUUGAAAUACACACACAAUGACUCAAUCCAGUGCGUUGCCUACAACCCUGUUACACACCAGCUGGCAUCGUGUUCCUCAGGCGACUUUGGCUUGUGGUCCCCAGAGCAGAAAUCUGUAUCCAAGCACAAAGUCAGCAGCAAGAUCACCUGUUGUGGGUGGACCAAUGACGGGCAGUACCUUGCUUUGGGGAUGAUGAAUGGAGUUGUGAGUAUCCGUAACAAGAAUGGGGAGGAGAAGGUGAAGAUUGAGCGUCCUGGAGGCUCUUCCUCUCCCAUCUGGUCCAUUGCCUGGAACCCUUCCAAAGACGACCACAAUGACAUCUUGGCCGUGGCAGACUGGGGGCAGAGACUCUCCUUCUACCAGCUCAGUGGAAAGCAGAUUGGGAAGGACAGGGCCUUGAAUUACGAUCCCUGCUGCGUCAGUUACUUCUCCAAAGGGGAGUAUAUUGUCAUGGGGGGCUCGGACCGGCAGGCCUCCCUCUACACCAAGGACGGGGUUCGCCUCGGUACCGUGGGGGAGCAGAGCUCCUGGGUCUGGACCUGCCGAGUCAAGCCAGACUCCAACUACGUGGUGCUGGGCUGCCAGGACGGGACCAUCGCUUUCUACCAGCUCAUUUUCAGUACAGUUCAUGGACUCUACAAGGACAGAUACGCCUACAGGGACAGCAUGACCGACGUCAUCGUACAGCACCUCAUCACUGAGCAAAAGGUGAGAAUAAAGUGCAGGGAGCUGGUGAAAAAGAUAGCCAUCUACAGGAACCGCCUCGCCAUCCAGCUGCCUGAGAAAAUCCUUAUCUACGAGCUGUACUCAGACGAUUUGUCAGACAUGCACUACCGCGUGAAGGAGAAGAUCUGCCGCAGGUUCGAGUGCAACCUGCUGGUGGUGUGCUCUCAGCACAUCAUCCUCUGUCAGGAGAAGAGGCUUCAGUGUCUGUCGUUCAACAGCGUCAAGGAGAGGGAGUGGCUCAUGGAGUCUCUCAUUCGCUACAUCAAGGUGAUCGGUGGACCGCCGGGCCGAGAGGGGCUGCUGGUGGGCCUCAAGAACGGGGCGAUCCUGAAGAUCUUUGUGGACAACCCGUUUGCCAUCACGCUGCUGAAGCAGUCCACAUCGGUGCGCUGCCUGGACAUGAGCGCCUCUCGCAACAAGCUGGCCGUGGUGGACGAGCACAGCACCUGCCUGGUCUAUGACAUCCGCACCAAGGAGCUGCUGUUCCAGGAGCCCAAUGCCAACAGCGUGGCCUGGAACACGCAGUGUGAGGACAUGCUCUGCUUCUCUGGAAGCGGCUACCUCAACAUCAAAGCCAGCAACUUUCCCGUCCACCAGCAGAAGCUGCAGGGCUUCGUCGUGGGUUACAACGGCUCCAAGAUCUUCUGCCUCCAUGUCUACUCCAUGUCUGCUGUGGAGGUUCCGCAGUCUGCUCCCAUGUACCAGUACCUGGAGAGGAAAAUGUUCAGAGAGGCCUAUCAGAUCGCCUGCCUUGGGGUGACGGAGAACGACUGGAGGGAUCUGGCCAUGGAGGCCCUGGAGGGGCUCGACUUUGACACUGCUAAGAAGGCGUUCGUCCGAGUCCGAGACCUGAGAUACCUGGAACUCAUAAGCAACAUUGAGGACAGGAAGAAGCGCGGCGAGAGCAACAACGAGCUAUUCCUAGCCGACGUGUUUGCCUACCAGGGGAAGUUCCACGAGGCAGCCAAGCUGUACAAGCGUGCUGGGUGCGACUCGCGAGCGCUUACCAUGUACACGGACCUGCGCAUGUUCGACUUCGCCAAGGACUUCCUGGGCUCCGCAGACCCCAAGGACACCAAGAUGCUGAUCACGAAGCAGGCGGACUGGGCGCGGAACAUCAACGAGCCCCGGGCUGCGGCUGAGAUGUACCUGUCGGCCGGGGAGCACCUGAAGGCGAUAGACAUCAUUGGGGACCACGGCUGGGUGGACAUGCUGAUCGACAUCGCGAGGAAGCUGGACAAGGCGGAGCGCGAGCCGCUGGCCAAGUGCGCCGGCCACUUCAAGAGGCUCAAACACCACGGCUAUGCGGCUGAGAUCUACUCCAAGAUGGGCGACCUGCGGUCUCUGGUUCAGCUGCACGUGGAGGCGUGCCACUGGGACGAGGCCUUUGAGCUGGUGGAGAAACACCCCCAGUUCAAGAACGACGUGUACGUCCCGUACGCGCAGUGGCUGGCCGAGAACGACCGCUUUGAGGAAGCGCAGAAGGCGUUCCACAAAGCUGGCUGGCAGGACGAGGCCGUGAAGGUGCUGGAGCAGCUGACCCACAAUGCCGUGGUGGAGAGCAGGUUCAACGAUGCAGCCUACUACUACUGGAUGCUCUCCAUGCAGUGCCUGGACAUCGCCCGAGACAACGAAAACAAGAAGGACGACAUGCUGAAGAUGUUCCACAGAUUCCAGCACCUGGCUGAACUCUACCAUGUUUACCACUCCAUCCAGCGCUACACGGAUGAACCCUUCAGCUCCCAUCUCCCUGAGACUCUCUUCAAUAUUUCCAGGUUCCUUCUGCACAACCUCACCAAGGAGGUGCCCCUGGGCAUCUCCAAAGUGAACACCCUGUACACCCUGGCCAAGCAGAGCAAAGCCCUGGGGGCGUUCAAGUUGGCACGUCACACCUAUGAAAAGCUACAGGGCCUUCGGGUCCCUGCCCGCUUCCAGGAGUCCAUAGAGCUGGGCAGCCUGACCGUGCGCUCCAAGCCCUUCCACGACAACGAGGACCUUGUCCCUAUGUGCUAUCGCUGCUCCACCAACAAUCCUCUGCUGAACAACCAGGGCAACGUGUGCAUCAACUGCCGGCAGCCUUUCAUCUUCUCGGCCUCCUCGUACGAAGUGCUUCCCCUGGUGGAAUUCUACCUGGAGAAGGGCAUCACUGAUGAAGAGGCGGUGUCCCUCAUUGACCUGGAGGUGCCACGCACGGAACGGCGAGCAGCGCGGUGGCAGGAGAUGAACAGCAGUGAAUCCCAGUCGCUGAGGCUGGACGACAGUGUGGACGACCCCGAGGAGGAUCCCUUCAUGGCCAAGCUCAGCUUUGAGCAAGGUGGCUCUGAGUUUGUGCCCGUGGUGGUGAGCAGGGCCGUCCUGCGCUCCAUGAGCCGCAGGGACGUGCUGAUCAAGCGCUGGCCCAAACCCCUCAGCUGGCAGUACUACCGCUCCCUGCUGCCUGAUGUCAGCAUCACAAUGUGCCCCUCCUGCUUCCAGAUGUUCCACAGCGAAGACUACGAGCUUCUGGUCCUGCAGCACAACAGCUGUCCUUACUGCCGCAGGCCCAUCGACGAACCCAACUGAGGACCCUGCGGGACGCAGGAUUUCUUCAUGUUGGACGCCACUUGAUCACUCAUUCAUUUAUAUGAAUUUAUAUGUUUUUUAUUUGGACAUUAACAAUGGCGCCACCCCUCGCCAGUCUUUACGGCCCAUUACAGAGGCAACACUUAAACUGAUCAACUGGGAUUACGUGGAUCGCAUAUCUCAGGGCUUUACACAGGUUACAUGAUUUUAAGGUGUAAGGCCUGUGUUUCGGCUAUAGAAUAGGUAUUCUCGAGUGUUCUUUUUAUAAUUGUCAAAAUAAAAUAUAUUUUUAAACAAUUCAACCAAGAAAGAUGCAAAACAAAAAAAUUGCAUAUUUUCAUUGCACAAACGUGGAUGAAAUAUACAAUGUGAUUUAGAGGAUGUGUUGCCCAUUAUAAGCAGAGCAGUGCUUGUUUACAGUUUGUAAAUGUUUUAGUUGAAAUGUUCUUAUUUCAUGGACACAAUAGCUUGAUGUAUAUUUUUACAUGGAAAUCAUGAAAUGUGUAUUUGCAUGGUAUUUGCUAUAU